CCCGGAAGUGUCAGUCUGAAAACAGACCCGUCGCCGUUAGCUAACGGAGUGUUUCAAAAUCUAUUUGCUAAAUCGUCGCAUUUUAAACAGUUUAUACAAACGAAAUACUCAUAUCUUUUACAAAAUGGGAACCAGAGAUGAUGAAUACGAUUAUCUGUUUAAAGUGGUUCUGAUAGGAGACUCGGGUGUGGGCAAGAGCAACCUGCUCUCUCGUUUCACCCGGAAUGAGUUUAACCUGGAGAGUAAGAGCACCAUUGGAGUGGAGUUUGCCACCCGCAGUAUCCAGGUGGAUGGGAAAACGGUGAAGGCUCAGAUCUGGGACACGGCAGGACAGGAGCGCUACCGGGCUAUCACCUCAGCGUACUACAGAGGCGCGGUGGGGGCCCUGUUGGUCUAUGACAUCGCCAAGCACCUGACCUAUGAAAAUGUGGAGCGGUGGUUGAAAGAGCUGAGAGACCAUGCAGACACCAACAUCGUCAUCAUGCUGGUCGGCAACAAGAGCGACCUGCGUCACCUCCGGGCCGUGCCCACCGACGAGGCCCGGGCGUUCGCAGAGAAAAACGGUUUGUCUUUCCUCGAGACGUCAGCCCUGGAUUCCACCAACGUUGAAACGGCUUUCCAGACCAUUCUGACAGAAAUCUAUCGUAUCGUCUCUCAGAAGCAGAUGUCAGAGCGUCAGGAGAGCGACAUGUCUCCUAGCAACAAUGUGGUCAACAUCCAGGUGCAGCCCACUGAGAACAAACCAAAGAUGCAGUGCUGUCAGAACAUCUAGCCCCGCCCACAUUACCACUACACCUCCACCCCCUCAUAUACCCUGUACCCCCACCUCUACCCCCUCAUAUACCCUGUACCCCCACCUCUACCCCCUCAUAUACCCUGUAAACCCCACCUCUACCCCCUCAUAUACCCUGUACACCCAUCUUGUUUUAGCUCGCCCGGUGAACCCGGUUGGGUGGAGAUUUCACUUUAGAACCAAUUAAAUGGUCUCUCAAAUGUGUGAAUUUGGCCCACCCGGCUCUCAGGGUGAGGUAAACCGGAUGCACCCACUUACUCAGUCUCAUAGGAGUAGUCCCCUCCUCCACUCCCUCCCUCCUCCUCCCCCUCUCUCUCUCCCCCACUCCCUCUCUCCUCCUCUCCCUCCUCCACUCCCUCUCCCUCCCUCCUCUUCCUCGCUCCACUCCCUCCCUACUGAUCAUGAUCUGAGAAGCCUAGUCAGUGUCUGGAGUAGUGUGUUCCCCAGCUGAGCCUUUUCAGACAGGAAGGCAUUUAUAUUUCUCACUUAGAUUUAAUACUGUUGAUGCGCUGACAUGUCUUACACAGAAAUGUCUUAAUAUAUUCAUGUGAUUUUUCAUUUUCUUCAAUUUAUGACUUCCAUUUUGUGUGUUCCUUGAUUUUUUUUACCUGUCUUUUUUUAAACGUUUUUUUUCUUCAAAUAUUGUAUCAUAUUUCCUACUAAUGUGUAUGUAUUUGAAGCACACUGAGAAUGCUCUGAUGUGUAUCUGUCUACGACCCCCUCCCAUCAGUUAGCCUCCCUCCCUCUCUCUUUAGUACAAUGUAAUGUUUGACAACGGUAGGUUUUUCCAAACAUGUGGAUGUAUUAAGCACAGUGUACUAGAUAGAAUGUAUGCUCCCUGGUCCAUUGCGAUAGGUGGAGUUUGACAAUUGAUCUGAUUGUUGUAAAUAGCUUAAGUAAAGACUUGUGCAUUAGAUCUGUUUGCGGAUGGCUUCAACCAUGCCAAUGGACAGACAGGGCAGGCAUCAAAGUACCUAACACGUAGAGGAACAACAGCUUUGUAAAAACACUUUUUAAACGUUUCCCCAAAUGGAACCCUAUGCCCCACCAUAUAUAGUGCACUACUUGUGACCAGGGCCCAUAGGGUUCCAUUUGGGACACAGUAUUCGUCACUUUGUUUACAGUCAGCCUGUGGCAGGUCAGCUUAGCAUGUUAGGAUAAUGAUGAUGUCACUUCAUGGCACCGCUUUGCAUGUUUUUUUAUCUUGGUUUAAAAGAUAACUGAGUUAUCAUAACUCUCUGACUGAAUUUAUCACUGAGUUAUCGUAACUCUCUGACUGAAUUUAUCACUGAGUUAUCGUAACUCUCUGACUGAAUUUAUCACUGAGUUAUCAUAACUCUCUGACUGAAUUUAUCACUGAGUUAUCGUAACUCUCUGACUGAAUUUAUCACUGAGUUAUCGUAACUCUGACUGAAUUUAUCACUGAGUUAUCAGUACUCUCUGACUGAAUUUAUCACUGAGUUAUCAGUACUCUCUGACUGAAUUUAUCACUGAGUUAUCGUAACUCUGACUGAAUUUAUCACUGAGUUAUCGUAACUCUGACUGAAUUUAUCACUGAGUUAUCGUAACUCUGACUGAAUUUAUCACUGAGUUAUCGUAACUCUGACUGAAUUUAUCACUGAGUUAUCGUAACUCUGACUGAAUUUAUCACUGAGUUAUCGUAACUCUGACUGAAUUUAUCACUGAGUUAUCGUAACUCUCUGACUGAAUUUAUCACUGAGUUAUCGUAACUCUCUGACUGAAUUUAUCACUGAGUUAUCGUAACUCUCUGACUGAAUUUAUCACUGAGUUAUCGUAACUCUGACUGAAUUUAUCACUGAGUUAUCGUAACUCUGACUGAAUUUAUCACUGAGUUAUCGUAACUCUGACUGAAUUUAUCUCUGAGUUAUCGUAACUCUCUGACUGAAUUUAUCACUGAGUUAUCGUAACUCUCUGACUGAAUUUAUCACUGAGUUAUCGUAACUCUCUGACUGAAUUUAUCACUGAGUUUUCGUAACUCUGACUGAAUCUAUCACUGAGUUAUCGUAACUCCCUGACUGAAUGUGAAACACUACCAUUGCCCAGAGGAUGCAGUUGGCUAGACGGUGACCGUGGUGAAAUAAUAUAGAAGUUUGUCCAUUAAACAUUUCUGAACUCUCUUGGAUAAAUUGAGCGUACAUAGUUACAGACGUCUUUAAAAACAUAGUCGGAGAUGUCUGUAACAGGAAGUGACUAGCUUUAUAGUCAGUCAGGGACUUCAUUUCAAUUCAGGAAAUACACCUAAUUCCAAUUGCACAUUUUCCUCAUUGAAAAACAUGGGAGAGAAUAAGGUAUUUCUGUUUUUACUUUGUGACUUGAAAUAGCAUUAGUCAGUCAAAUUACACAUUAGGUUCCUAUUUUCAACAUGAUCAAACUACAGAAUAAUGAUACCCGCUGUAGUGUUCUGGCCCAAACAACUAAAAUCAAGUCAAAUCACAUUUUAUUUGUCACAUACACAUGUAUAGCAGAUGUUAUUGGGGUUGUAGUGAAAUGCUUUGUGCAACAGUGCAAUAAUAUCUAACAAUU